GAGGGAGGGGUUGGGUGUUGCCUCGGUGUGCGAGCUUCAUUCCAGUGUUGAGCUCUCUCCUGAACCGUCGCUCCGUCCUUCUGCUGCUCCUCUUGCUGUGCCUCUCUGCGCCGAACAGACCGAGUCCCGGAGCAUCAUGGGAGUGGAAGGCUGCACCAAAUGCAUCAAAUACCUGCUCUUCUUCUUCAACUUCAUCUUCUGGCUUACUGGAGGUGUAAUCCUGGGAGUGGCCCUGUGGUUGAGACACGACCCCAAGAUCUCCACCCUGCUGGGUCUCGAAUAUGAUGGAAACCACGCCCCCAGCACCUUCUACAUCAGUGUCCACAUUCUGAUCGCGGUCGGCGCGGUGAUGAUGGUGGUCGGCUUCCUCGGCUGUUACGGCGCCAUCCAGGAGUCGCAGUGCCUGCUGGGAACUUUCUUCGCCUGCCUCGUCAUCCUGUUCGCCUGUGAGGUUGCAGCUGGAAUCUGGGGCUACAUGAACAGGGACAUGGUUACAAAGGAGAUGAAAAACUUCUACGACAACGCCUACGACAGCGCAACUAAAAGCAAUAUGCAGGAAAAGAACAAUGCCGCCACCCUUGUCCUGAAGGCCUUCCAUGAGACGCUGAGCUGCUGCGGUAAAGGCACAGGCACUAACCUCCUUACACAGCUCACAGACAUAACUGGAAUUACCAAUAUUUGCCCCAGUAAUACAUUCACGAGCUGCCACGACAGAAUCAACGAGCUGUUCCACGAUAAGAUUUACCUGAUCGGCAUCGCCGCGCUGGUGGUCGCCGUUAUUAUGAUCUUCGAGAUGAUCUUCAGCAUGGUGUUGUGCUGCGGGAUCCGCAACAGCCCCGUGUACUAAAGCGCCGGGGCUCCAGCCAAUGAACGAGGAGAGGACGACCUCGCCCUCUCCUUCGUUUGUUUGUUUUUUUAUAACCAGGAAAUGCCACAUGUAUUGCUUGCUGGAUUUUAGUCAGCUGUUAAAGACAAUAUCCUGUUUUUCUUACACUGUCAAAGAUCAUUUUUUAUUGUUAUUUUUGUUAGUCACAGAUGCUGUUAUGCAUAUUAGAGCAGUGUUUAAUGUAGAUAUGCUGUCACACACGGUCCAGGUGCUGUAAUCUGAUUAGUUUACUGCUGUCCUGCCUACGUCCACGCUCUCAUAUCGGCCUUUUCUGGAUGUUAUCCCCACGUUUUCUGUAUAAACUGUAUAUAAAUAUAUGUGGACAGUUCUUCAUGUCUGCCUGAGCAUGGAA